AGUCGAUGUAAUCUUCAGAAAUCGUCCGGCAGUGAUCGAGUUGACAUAUCCCGAAAUGUACAUCCAUUUAGAAAGUGCGUUAUUUCUGUACUUUUUCGUACAAUUGUGUUCACCAGCCCAAGUGCGAAUAACGUUCGAAAAAUGUGACCUGAAGGGAUUCACCUGCGUAGCAUCGCCGGAGGUAUCAGGCAGGCACGAUAUAACGUUUCAAUGCACCAACGUAACGGGACAGGACAUUCAAUUUUACCUUUGGGCGUUCAGCGCUCCUGGUACGAUACAAUCGUUGACGUUACACAAUUGCGAAAAAGUGCAGCUAUCGCUGACCUGCAGCGGCGACAAUAGACCAAUUCAGUGGGUGAAGUUUAAAAAUAUUGGAUCACUGGAAUGGUUGCCACCGAACGUUCCACACAACCCUCCGAAGAUGAUCUUCGAGAAUAUCUCAAGAAUAGAGAUACUACCAAGACAGACGUUUGCGCAAAUUAAGAAGAUAUUUUAUAAACCUGGGUGUUAUCUUCCGGCUUUCGAUCUUAACGCGUUGGAAUUCAGGAACGUCAAUUUCGGCACUAUUGAAUCGGGUGCUUUUGACAAUUUAUCCGACAUGACCAACUUCGAGUGGACAAACGUGACCGUUAGCAGAAUUGCCUAUGCAGCCAUGAAAAUGCAAUUCGUGCAAGGCGGAAAAGGUUCAAUUAGUAAUUCGAAUCUAGGAGUUCUCGAGCCAAUGGCGUUACAAUUCGUCGGCGACGGUUUGUCCAUCAAGAACAAUAAAAUUGAAGAUCUGUCACCGAGUAGCAUUAAUGGCACCGUUUACGAUUUUGAGUUUGUAAACAACACAGUCGAUAAUUUGCAGUCCAGCGCGAUCGCCGUGUUGUCCCAAAACACUUACAUUAACAACAACCAUUUUAGGAACGUCGAAUCAGGCGCGUUUAAAAAAGUAAGUCCCGGUCUGCUGCACGAUUCCCAGCGAAACUUUGGCACCCUGUACUUCGUUUACGAUUUCAAUAAUAAUCUUUUCGAACAUGUGGAGGAUAAAGGUAUCCGUCCGGAUAUUGAGGCAUACAAGAACGUUGCUUCGCUUGUUAACUUCACUGAAAACACCCUGCAAUGCUCCUGCGAAACCAUAUCGUGGCUUGGCGCCGAGGUCGACCUAGGAUUCAACUAUACCGUUCUAAAGGAUUUCAACACAAUGAUUUUAGAUCCCAAGAAUAAAAAUAAUUGUAAUUUCAAUCCGUGCAUGUGCUUUGGUGUCAGAUCUCCAAACAAAAGGAGUUCUGCAACUGCAGCUGUAUUUUAAUUUUGUUCUCGAAUUUGUUAUAAAUAAACUAUUUAUUUUGUAGUGAA